AUGGGUCGCUUUGGAUUAAUAUGGAAAUAUUUCAAUUUAUUAUUUUUAUACUUAAAAAAAAAUAACCAUAUAUCAUCUCUUUUUUUAAUCGUCUUUCCACAAGCAUAUUACAAUUGUUUUGCCAUUUUAUCAUUUUACCAUUUCCUCGUUUUGUCAUUUUGUCAUUUUACCAUUUCCUCGUUUUGUCAUUUUAUCAUUUCUUCAUUUACUAUAUAUCCCAUUGUGCUUUGUUUGUUUGCUUGUUCAUUCCGCUCUAGCUUUGCAAACAUGCAGUCUGAAAUACUUAAAGAAAAUGAUAUAAACAAAAUCAUUCUAAAUCUCAUGGAAACAAACAAAAAGGAAGUCUUACCUUCCAAAAAAAAUAAUAAUAAAGAAAGUCUAAAUAAAAAUGAUAUUAAAAGUGCUGUUGAAGUGUUUUUUAAAGAGCAGGAGCAAAUAUACAAGGCAGAGGAAAACCUUACUAUAAAAUCUUUAGAGACUGAAACGAGGGAUAAAGAAAAGGAACUAAAUGAAUAUUAUGCUUAUUGUCAAAAUUAUAAAAAAGAAUAUAAUAACAAUUUCAAUAAUAUUGUUAAACAAACAGAGGAAAUAAAAAAAGAACUUAAAGACAUGCAUAUCGAAUAUAUAGAUAGUAAAAUACUUUUAGAAAAUAAAAGAAAAAUCGAAUUAGAGGCUAUGCUAAAUUUUUAUAAAGAAAAAUUAUUAAACAUUAAAAAUCAAUGGGAGAAUAAAACAUUUUGUGAUGAAAAUAUAAAAAAUAUUGUUUAUGAUAUAUUGGAAGUAAUAGAUUAG